AUUGUGACGUCAGUUCCGUCUCGGAGGCGAUGGCCGCGUGCAAGGGCUCGGGAAAUGUGAAGAAUUUGCUGCAGUUCAUGUACUGUAUGGGACAGCUGAAGAGAGUACCACGAACAGGUUGGGUAUAUAGAAAUGUGGAAAGGCCAGAGAGUGUGUCAGAUCACAUGUACAGGAUGGCUGUUAUGGCACUGUUAACUGAAGAUCAAAAACUCAACAAAGACAGAUGCAUAAAAUUAGCCCUGGUUCAUGAUAUGGCAGAAUGCAUUGUUGGUGAUAUAGCACCAGCAGACAACAUCAGUAAAGAGGAAAAGCACAGGAGAGAAGAAGAAGCCAUGAAACAUUUAACUGGACUGUUAAGUGAUGAUAUGGGUAAAGAGGUACUGGGGCUUUGGGAGGAAUACGAGAACCAGUCAAGUCUUGAAGCCAAAUAUGUGAAAGAGCUGGAUCAAUUUGAAAUGAUUAUGCAAGCUUUUGAAUAUGAAAAGCUGGAACAAAAGCCUGGUCGACUGCAAGAGUUUUAUGAUUCAGCAAAAGGAAAAUUUCAUCAUGCUGAAAUUCUUCAACUGGUAGCGACUUUAAAUGCAGAAAGAAAUUCCACGGAAGCAAAAUCUAGCACCUCAGAUGCACAGUCUUGCAAGAGUGAGCUGAACAUAUUGCCUCAAAGCACAAAACUCUAGAACAGCAUUGACGGUUAAAGGAGUUGAGUAAAUGUGUUUUUUUUAAGCUGCAUCAAUAUAAAUUUUAAGCAAAUACCUGGCUGAACAAAACCAAAUUUGUGUUUUAUGCAUUGUGAAUUUCCAGCAUAUGGAGAAUGUAUUUUCUUAAGACAAAAAUGAAAAUUUGAAAUCUCAAGGCUAUUUUUUCCAACCAAGAAAACAUUCAAUCUAUUUAUUCUCAUCAGGGGGUAGGCUGUGUUUAAACCCUUUUCAGGAGGCCUGAUUCAGAUUUGGGCCUCCCUGGAAUACAGGCAGAGAACACUCCGAAGUAGGGGAUUGAAAAUCAAGUGAUUCCAUGAGCAAAUUGAGUUGGAAAUCUUCAGUAAAAGUACCUAAUGGGCUGCAGUAUUUUCCCCAUAAAAAUGUUCCACAAUGUUGUUUGAAAGGCCUCUGUCCAUUUGAACUUGAAAAUUGGAAAUGGGGUCUGACAAUGAGCAUAGCAUCCAAGGUUGCAUUUGCAAGCAAAGCUCACUUGUUUUUGGGUGGAAGUGCUUGGCACUCAUUUAAAAACCAGUUAAAGACACUAGCCAGUCAACGACUGUUUCCUUGACAUUUUCAAUGGGGAAGCUGGUAUUUUAAAAUUGCCCCAUUAGUUCAGUAAAGCAGAUGUCUUAAACAAAUAUAAUAGAAAACAUUAGAAAAUGCCGUUAAGUAAACUGUAUACAUAGAACACUUGUUUACAAGACUGCAAACGAAAAGAUCUCAACAAAAACAAAAAACUGCGGAUGCUGGAAAUCCAAAACAAAAACAGAAUUACCUGGAGAAACUCAGGAGGUCUGGCAGCAUCGG